AUGACGAAAGCGCAAAGCGACGAUGACGACGUCGGGCCCGACGAUGUCAACGUCGCCGUCGAGGGCGGCUACAUGGAUGAAUUCUUCAACUUUGAGCUGAUCGAAAGCAAGAAUCAGCCCCACCAAUGGGGCAAAGGGACCGACCUGCCCAUCUACCCUACCACACCGAUGGAAAUCCUGCUACUGGCGAUCCUGUGUACUAUAAGCGUCGCCGUCAUAGCUUACAUGAUGGUCGUGCUUUACAGAUGCGUGUGCUCCCGGCAUUACGCGGAAUGGCGGGCGUCGUGGAACGAAGACGACGAGAACAGGAAGAUUCUCGCCAAACAACCGGCUGUCCAGUUGGUAAUGGAGGCGGUGCCGCUAGUGGUGGCCGGCCACGUGCAGGAGGUGGAAUGCCUGGUGACGGACGGCGAGAAGGUGGUCAGCUCCUGCCUGCAAGGCAACAUCAAGGUGUGGGACUCGCAGAACGGGGAGAUCGCCACCAACAUCGACAGAUGCGCAUUUUUCAAACUGCAAAAUGAACUUUGUGGCAAAAUCCAAUCUAAGAAGACCAACUAUCCCGAAGCUAUAGAAGUUGUGCCAACUGCAGACGCUAAUCGUGAUCAAAAUGAGGGCAUGCCACGGCUCCGCAAAGGUCUGAGCACGCAUCUGAGCGGGCUACGGUUUCGGCCGGUGGCGCGCGACUCGCCGCCGAACCUGUCUGUGGCGGAAACCACCAAAUAUGACUUCGCCAAAAAUUACAGAGAUCUUUACUGCAGCGACCAACACGACGAUUUGUAUAGUAGCUACGAAUCCAAAGAAAACGUGGACACAAGCAAUAUAAAUAUUAUUCAUCGUGACUCAUUAAAUAGUGCAGUGAAAGACAGUGAAAUGUGCGACGAGAACAUUUACAUUACGCAGACGAACGAUAGUGUCGUGCCUAGUUUACGGAAUAGGAAUAAGAGUAGGUUAGUGUGUAAUAGUGGUGCUGAAAACGUUAGGACAGAGUGUGAAGUGACGAACACGGAGGCUGUGACAAACUCAAAUCCAAAGGGGACGCCUAUAACAGAAUCUCCAGUAUGGUGCAUGGACUUUUGCAAUGAUUUAAUUAUAUUAGGGUGUGCAGACGGCAGAAUCGAGUUUUGGGAGGCGAGCUCUGGGAAAUUCAUGUGCGUGUAUUGGGGCGCGGCACGGCAGGCGGGCGUGACGCACGUACGGGCGCUAGCGGGCGCGCGGCGCGUGGUGGCGGCGUCGCUGGCGGGCUCGCUGACGCUGCUGCGGCUCGACGCCUACAACGCGGCCUCGGGCGCGCACGUCGACUGGCGCUUCAGCACCGCGCACCGCCGCACGCACAAACGCACGGGCUCGGCGGGUUCGCUGCGCGCGUGCGCUGAGGAGCAAGCGCCCGCGCGCAUGAGCUUCGCCUACGGCGCCGACAUCUCCGACGGAGAAGAGGUGGUGUGCGUGCGGCUGGCGCACUGCAGGCCGCACCAGCAGCCCAUCACCGAGAUGCACUCCGAAGGCGGCCGCGUGCUCACCGGCGGACAGGACCACGUGCUCAAGGUGUUCUCGAGCGCAGACCUGAGCGCGCUGUUCACUCUGCACGGGCACUGCGGGCCCAUCACCAGCUGCUUCAUCGACCGCGCCACGCCCACCGUCGCCGGCAGCGGCUCGCAGGACGGCCUGCUUUGCGUCUGGGACCUGCACACCGGCGCAUGCCUGUACAGUAUGCAAGCUCACGACGGCGCGGUGACGUCACUGGCCUACACUGCGUCGUACGUCGUGUCUGCGGGCGCGGACGAGCGGCUCUGCAUCUGGGACCGCUUCCAGGGACACAUGCUGAACUCCGUGCACAUCGGCCUCAACUACAUGAGCCGCAUGCUGCCGCUGACGCACACGAUGCUGGUGAUGGGCGACCGGAGCGGCCUCACCGCGUACGACCUCAGCAGCGGCGACGUCAUCCGCAGGGUGCUCUUCGGCCAGAGCGACGGGUGCAUAUUUGUGCGACAGAUCCUGCCUCUGAAAGAUGCGAUCGUGUGUGACUACGCCAACCAGCUGCGAAUAGUAAGGUUCCCUUUGGUGUCCAGCCUCGCCAGCACAAAAUGCGACUGAGUUACAUUACAUAUCCGACUCAAACAGUAUUGGUCGCGCAACAAAUGUUGAGGUGUACACACACUCACACAGGUGCAAUAUUUGAAUACAGAAAAUAUAGUCAGAAUACGCAAGACUUCAGCAUGUCAAGCGUAUACAGAUACAAAACCUUGCUUGUGUAAUGAUCUCAACUCUCGUUGCGCGACCUGUAACUAUCAUACCGUUUAGGUAACAAAAGGACGUCGCACAUUUAUCAACCCGGAAAGGGAUCGUAACCGUAUCAACUCGAGGUGGUCAGUAUUCUUUCUAUGAAACUCCAUACUGCAACGCCCACUUAUCCGCACCGUAACGUAAACGCCUCGCCUCGCGAUUGACAGCGCGCGAAAGGCGAUGGUGUUGAUCCCUUUCCGAGUUUAUAAGUCUGAUAUGAACUUUAUACUACGCUGUAACUUACUAUCCAACCAAACAAACAAAAACGAAAGACUUUCACUGUGUCUUACUAAUCUUCAGAAAUAAUAUAUUGUUUGUAUCGUUGACGAUUACAAAUUUAAAUGUAUUUAUAGUUCCAAAAAUGUAUAUUUAUUGUUAUAUGAAUUACCGGUCCGAUGUAGUUUUUUCGAUGUUGCAACUUUAUAUCACAUUCAAAUACAAUGUUUUCUUUGUAGCUAUGAAAGUAGCAUUAUCGUUAUUUUAGGGAUAAGUAACUUGUUUAAUACGCAACACAAAUAUAUUUUAAAAUAAUUAAAUGGCUCUCUUAAUCAUUAAAGAAUAUUUAAAGUAACAAGUUAAAGGAUCAGUUAUUGUUUUAUUAUUUACUGUUUUGGUAAAUCUAGCAUAUCACGUUGACAAAUUAAUGAUGAAAUAAAAAGUGUGCCUACCAAGAUUUUAACCUAUUUUGGAUAAAAUUAAUUCAUCAAUCUAAAUACGAUCAGUAUCUAAAUAUUAAGUUUAAAAUUGGCGAGAGAUUUUUUUUAAUUUGGUAGGACUGUUAUUAUAAUGUCAGCUUGUCGCUGACUACCAUAAUUAAUCUUAUCAGUAUCUCGUAUGUAUUCGGAUAGACCGUUAUGAUUCAUGACUAACCUAACCAUACUAGCACGACAAUAAUUCAAAAUUAAUGCAUAUUUUUAAACGAACAGUUUUGUAUCCGUAACCAUCAAAGAUCAAAGCUUAUCUAAUUCUAGAUUUAUAUUAAUUUAUUUGUUUCUAUGUACGAUGGGUUACCAACUGUCUAAUAUCCAAUUUUACAAUGCAUCACAUCAAAAUAGUGACUAUAAUGUCAAUUGAAGUGCUUCCUCAAAAUUUAGUUCAUCAAUAGUUAGUGCAUUUUCCCGAGUUCUUCCUAAACGCCGUGGUAGAUUUAGUUCAUAUCAAACCAAAAGGGUAGUUCCCAUUUGUUUUACCUUUGGGAUUGGUCUACCUACCAGUUCCAUCCAUGCCCGUUUGACCUAAACCCAGUUUAUAGCCCGUAUCAUGAAAUGACCAAAAUAUGAACCAAAAAUUCAUAGAUUUAGUCUGUUUUGUAAUCCAGUUUAAUUUAAAUCUUGUGCUUUCUUUCAUAAUACGAGCCUGCAAUUUUUUGUCAAAUUUGUCCAACAACCACACCUUCCUAUAUCUACCGCUCCUUUAAUAAACAAUGCCGUUUAUAUGGCAACUUCCAUAAUGAAUGAUCCAAAAACGAAAAGAACAAAACAAUUUAAAGCUAUUAAUACAAUUUACUAUGUCACCUUCCUAUUCCAUACAAAUAAAGCAUUCGUUGUUUAAAACGAAUGGUUACGGUGUAGUUUAUUUAUUUUCUAUAUUAUUUAUUUCUGCAGAAUUGCAGUUUAAUAAACCUAUGCUCUAGUCUAAAUUUAAGUUUUUUUGUAUAAAAAAAUAAUAUAGUAUACAUUAUAUCAUGACUAUACUCGGUUUCGUUUAAACGGAGGCUAUAAUGAUUGGCCUUGACUUGUCGUCCAGAACAAUAGGACAAAACGUCGCCAGAACUGUAGCACUUUAAUACCUACCUUAUUAUGAUAGACUAUGCUAAUAAAAUUAAUGUAAUAAGUAGGUUAUAAUUAAUUUAAUCGAGUUGUCGAAGUGUCGUAGGUUCCAGCAGUCGUGGCACCGUUUGAAGUAAGUCAAAAGUGUUGAGUGUUGAAAAAAUCGAGUUGUCACAGUCGUCUAGUUGUCGCAGGAGUCGAUUUGUCCCGGGGUUGAGCUGUCGUGAUACCAUUUUAUGUUUGUCAAAAGUGAUUUAAUGUGUAUUUUUUGAGGGUUGAUUAUCAUUUUUUAUUUUUUGACAUACCUUUUUUCUGAGACAAAUAUCAGACUUGAGCUGUCAUAUAAUAAAAUUAUAGUAUUAGCAUGUUUAAUAUAAAAGCUUGUAAUUAAAGGGUAGAGUGCUACAGUUCUGGGGACAAAGCGCACACAUAAUGUCCCAUUGAUCUUUAUUGAACUUCAAUUCGCACAAAUCUUAUUAGAAGUCCUAAAAAAAUACAUUUAAUGUAAAUCUUCAUCCAUGCGGCAAUAGACAAUAGUAGAAGAUCCGAAUUAGCCUACACCCAUCAGGUUAUUUUUAGUCGCGACAUAUUUUUAACAUGCUAAAAUUGAUUUAAAAUACCUUUAAAUGAAUAAACAGAUGGUUGCAGAUCGCUUCUAGUUCGGUACCUCUAGUAGGAAAAACUUCUUCGCCCCUAGGGCGGCUAUAAUAUAGGGGGCGCUGUUUAAUUUUUCAUACAAAAUUUUUCGAUGACACUUUGAAUACGCAAACGAAACGAACUCGAAAGUUUUUCGUACUAGAGGUACUGAUCUUAGACCAUGUCGCAUCGAGAAUAGAUCUCGAUCUAUAGGUACACUGCAUUUUUAACAGUCAUAUACAUCGAGAUGUAUGACUAUUAAAGUAUAUGACUUAAAAAUGCAGUGUGAGCUGUGGCCUUGACCCAUCCAAAACCAUUUAUUAUAUACACGCGCUAGCAAAGAGCGAUACUUGUAUUUUACUCGGUGCAGAGACUCGUGGUAGGCGGUGUAAUAAUAGAACAGUGCAUAUCACGUUUUAUCUCGCACUCACACUGGUUAUGGGUGACGUCACAUAGCGUUAUUUAUAGUACGUAAUUAUUAAUAAAAUAUUGGCAAGUGUGCAUCCCUGUUUCAAAAAUUACUUAUGGCCCCGCCUGCCAUGAGUCUUUGCGUUCAGUAUAGCAUUGUUAGCGAUACAAACAUGGAGCUUGUGAAAAUCGCCGAUACAAGUCAAUGAUAAAUUUUAAUGACGUUAAACUUCUUUGUUAUUAAUUUCGGUGAAUUGCGACUAUAAUGAAAUAGAAUUAUUAUAUUCGUUUCAUACAAUAGAUGAUAUUCUGAACAAAACGAUUUAAAUAAACGUUUUAAAUUUUAAAUAAACGUUGUUUAAGAAGUCACUAACACAAUCAAUGUAAGUAGGCUUUUACUAGUCUGAAUGAAGUACUAAAACAAACAACAGUCUUUAACCGACUUCAUACGAAACAUGUAUCAAAACAAUAUUAUGCUCGGGAAUUCGGGAUUUUCAUUAUAAAAGACAAGUCAUGGUGGCUAAUAUUUUAUUCCUCACACAAACAUAAACAUUCUCAUCAAUUUAAACACAUAUAACAAUAAAGAUAUUUCAUAAGUAUAAAAUAUCA